AAAACCAGGUAGUAGCUGAUGAACCAGAUUUAAAUUAUCUGAGCAAGCAGACAAAUGAUGAAUUAAAUUCUGGGAUAUCAUCUAUCUAUGAGAACGAAAAUGAAGAAAAUUCUUUAGAUGGUAACUCUGAUGAAGAAGAUGUAGUUGAACUUACAGACAUAUCAUUUAAUUCUUUUGUUGGUUCAAAAACCGAUAACAAAAAUUAUAAUUGGAAAUUAAAAAAUAAUGAAAGUGUAAGAGGUCAGCUUAUAAAUAUGACUAAAAGAGCGAUUGAAGAAAUGAAACAAUCUGACAAAGUUAGAACUGUCAUCUAUCAUAGAUCUUCAUUAGAGUUUAAACAGGACAUGUACUCUUGGUUUAAUGAUGAUUGGAUUCCAUUAAAGACCAAAGCGCUAUCAAAAAUUAACUUAACAGUUAAAGCAUUUUCUGGCGAAAUAUCAGAGUUUAUUACAAAAGUUGAAAAUUUUUGUACUUCGUAUGAUUACUUGAGGGCAAGAAAAUUAUUAUUGGAAAAGAUGGUUAAACAAUCCACCAAUAUUAAAUUUAAACAAAUUUUAAAAGUCUUGGAUUUGUUCUUAGAAAAUCCAUAUUUAUUUAUAAGAAAGAAUGGCCAACAACAAAAAUACACAGAAAUACAAUAUGUGAUAAAAAUGGUGGAUCCUAUAUUGAAAAUAAUAUUUUCUGAUUGUCAAAGCCUUGUAAGGCUUAUUUGGGGAGAGACCAUUUCACAAGUGACAAACAAUUCAAAAAGAAAAAUAGACCUUUGUAUAAGAACUGAAGAUGGUACAAAAGAGUUGAGCCAUUCCGAAUGUGCCCAAAAGGCUACAAUGAUAAAAAUUCUAAAAGAUCAAAGUAAAUCCUUUAGAACUAACAAGUGUAUACUUAACAAAUACCUCGAGAACGAUCUUCCAGGUGAAGCUUUAGAAAAUAUAACAGUUUUUGAAUUACAGCUAGCAGCUCUGAAAGGACAACUAAUUGGAGUUGAUUUAUUGGAUGAAGGACUUUAUUUUGGAUUUGAUGGACCAGCCUUUGAGUUUCUCGCUCAAAUUUGUAGUAUUGAUGUUUUAAAACAGAUACUAGAAGUUUUGUAUUAUUUUAAGAUAG